AUGAACAGUUUUCCACUGUUUGUGGGAGUGCAGACUGGUGCACCCACUGUGGAUAUCAGUAUUGAGAUUCCUCAAAAAACUAGAACUAAAGGUUCCAUUUAUCUCAGCUAUUACCCUUUGGGGUAUCUUCCUAAAAGAAUUGAAAACAUCCUACUGCCGGUAUAUCUGCACACUCAUGUUUACAUCAGCACAGUUUACAACAGGCUUGACGCCAGCAGAUACCAGAACUACUUGGCCUUCACUUUUGCCAUAGAAGAGAUCAACAGGAAUCCUCAUCUUUUACCCAACAUUUCUCUGGGCUAUGAGUUCCAUAAUUCCAUUCACAGUCAUUGGAUGAUGCUAGAGAAUUCCUUCAUUUUGCUCACAGGACAACAUGAGAUCCCUAAUUACAUGUGUGGGACAGAAAGCAAGUGUGCAGCAGUAUUGACAGAAAUGCCAUGGGGAACCUCAGCUCAGAUUGGACCACUGCUGGAGCUCUACAGAUUUCCACAGGUGAGGGAUGAGUUUGGCUCAUUUGAUCCUACACUGACUGACAAUGACCAGUGUCCUUCUCUGCAUCAAGUGGCCCCAAAGGACACUUAUUUGGCCCUCGCCAUGGUGUCCUUGAUGCUUCAUUUCCACUGGACCUGGGUGGGCCUGCUCAUCACAGAAGGCCUUAAAGGUCUUCAGUUUCUCUCAGAUAUAAGAGCUGAGAUGGAUAGGAGCAGAGUCUGUGUAGCCUUUGUGAAAAUGUUGUCCACAGUGGCUGUGUCAUAUAUGUCAGCCAUGAAGAAACAUGACAUCCUGACUGCAGAUACAAUAUCUGCCAAUGUGGUGGUCAUUUACUAUGAUACUGAUAGUCUAACUAAUGUAAACUACAACAUAGUGCAAAACUUAGUGACAUGGAAAGUCUGGGUGACAAACUCACCAUGGCAUGCUGAUAUUUCUGGGAGAGAUUUCGUACUUGAUCCAUUCCACGGGAUUCUUGUCUUUUCACACCAUCAUGAAGAGAUUUCAGGGUUCAAAACUUUUGUACAGGCAGCUACCCCUCUCAAAUACCCAGAGGACACUUACCUCACUAUGUAUUGGUCCAAGAAUUUUGAUUGUUCAUUCUCUGAGUCUGACUGUGCCUUGAAAAACUGUAUACCUACUGCAUCUAUGGCUUGGUUGCCUCUGAAUCGUUUUGACACAGACAUGAGUGAUGGGUGCUAUAAUAUGUACAAUGCUGUGUAUGCUGUGGCCCAUGCCCUCCAUGCGAUGCUUUUUGAAGACGUGCAAAGACCACCAAUGAGAAACAGAAAAGUGGUGAUGUAUCCCCCGUGGAAGCUGCAUCCCUAUCUGAAGAAUAUCCAAUUUAACAAUCCUGCUGGAGACAGAGUGAACUUGGAUGACAGAAGGAAACUGGAUUCAGAGUAUGAUAUUUUCAACUUUUGGAAUUUUCCAGAAGGCCUGAGACAUAAGGCUAAAGUUGGCACAUUUUCUUCACAUGUUCUGCAUGGCCAAAAGUUAUCUUUAUCUGAGAAUGACAUAGAGUGGCCCACAGGAGUUACAGAGACUCCCCACUCAGUAUGCAGUGAAAGUUGCAAUCCUGGAUUUAGAAACUCUCAGGAAGGAAAGGCUUCUUGCUGUUUUGAUUGCACCCCUUGCCCAGAGAAUGAAAUCACCAAUAUUACAGAUAUGGAGCAAUGCUUGGCCUGUCCAGAUCAUCAAUAUGCCAAUGCUCAAGGAAACCACUGUCUGAAAAAAGCUGAAACUUUUCUGGCAUAUGAAGACUCCCUGGGGAAGGCUCUAGCUGGUGCAGCACUGAGUCUCUCUGUUCUCACAGCUGCUCUGCUUGGGCUCUUUGUGAAGCACAGAGACACUCCCAUCGUCAAGGCCAACAACAGAGCUCUCAGCUACACCCUGCUCAUCUCCCUCACCUGCUGUUUCCUCUGCUCCUUGCUCAUCAUUGGCCGGCCCAAAACAGCAUCCUGCAUCCUGCAGCAGACCACAUUUGGAGUUGUGUUCACUGUGGCUGUUUCCACUGUCUUGGUCAAAACAAUUACUGUGGUGCUAGCCUUUAAGGCCACUGCUCCAGGCAGAAGAAUAAAAAGUGUGACAUCAGGGGCCCCUAACUCCAUCAUCCCCAUCUGUACCCUGAUCCAACUCACUCUCUAUGGAAUCUGGAUGGGGACAAAUCCACCCUACAUUGACACAGACCCACACUCUGAACAUGGCCACAUCAUCAUCGUGUGCAACAAGGGCUCCCUCACUGUCUUCUACUGUGUCCUGGGGUAUCUGGACUCCCUGGCCCUGGUGAGCUUCACUGUGGCUUUCCUGGCCAGGAACCUGCCUGACACCUUCAAUGAAGCCAAGUUCCUGACAUUCAGCAUGCUGCUGUUCUGCAGCGUGUGGGUCACCUUCCUGCCCAUGUACCACAGCAGUAAGGGGAAGGCCAUGGUGGCCAUGAAGGUCGUCUCCAUCUUGGCCUCCAGUGCAGGGCUGCUGGGCUGCAUCUUUGCCCCCAAGUGCUACAUUAUUUUGUUAAGGCCAGAGAGAAAUUUUCUUCCAGGUUUCAAAGCUAAAACACAUUCUGGAAGAAAGCAGCUUUCUUAA